UCUUCUGUCUCGCGGAGAAGCUGCUUUUACAUUUGAACCGUUUUAAUAGUUGAACAUUUGAACCCGACGUCCUGUUUGCUUCUUAAACCUUUUGUUUUCCUUUUUUUUUUUUUUACUGGAAGUCAUCGACGGGGUCUCACAUGCGGCUGGAGGCCGGAGCCCAUGGUCGUCCGGAGGGGGGGGCCCAGUGAUGCUGCCCGCUUCCGUCCACUCGGCCUCGGCCCCCGUCAGUUUUCUGUGCAGAUACCUCAGCGGACGCCACAACACGCCGCAGGAGGACGAUGAGACGAUGAGCUCGCAGGAGCAAGAAGCCGGCGGGGCCCGCCAGCCGGACCCUGCCCCCCCCCCGGCCGACAGCCGGCGCCGCCAGGCCCCCGCCUACGCCUCCCCGUUUGGCGGGCCGAGGCCGGGCCGCGUGGAGGAGCUCCGCCUCUCUCCCCCGGGCUCCAGCUUCUGCUGCGACCAGCCCCCCUGCUGCCUGCCCGCCGGGCACAGCCAGCCCACGCCGUUCCCCAGCCGGGACGACCGCGCCUGGCUCCACCCCAGCUUUGCCAGCAGCUGGUCGGGGUACCCGGACAGCCUGCCGUCCUGCGCGGGCCGGGACGACCCGUCCUGCCGCUCCGCCGACAGCAGCCUGUCGGGCUACAAGUUCGCGUCCCUCCCCAGCCGGCACAGCUGGGGCAGCCUGGAGCAGCCGCUGUCGCUGUGCUCCAACCCGCCUUCGGGCAACCUGCGGCACCACGCGCUGUCGCCGUACGCGUGCUCGCCGCAGGGGGCGGCCUGCUGCGCGCAGUGUCCCGCGGACGCCUUCGGGGGGGCGUCGGCGUUCACCGGGCACCCGUGGGCUCCGUCCCGCCCGGCUCACGGUCCCUACUACACCUCCGGACAUCAUGGAGCUGGAUACAUCGGACACAGCGCUCCGGCCAAAGAGCGGCCCCCGACUCACAGCGCGCCGCUCUCUCUGGAGCAGAGGAAGGUUUUCGUCACCUACGAAGCGGACAACGACCAACACGUCAACGAGAUCAUCAACUUCGUCGCCCUGCUGCGACACAACGGCUUCGACACACACAUCGAUAUUUUCGAGCAGCAGUUCAGGAGCAUCAGCAAGAUCGACUUCAUGGAGCGCUACCUGAGCGAGAAAGAGUACCUGAUCAUCAUCAUCAUCAGCCCCAAGUACCACGAGACGGUGACGGCGUCCCCCGGGGCGCCGCAGACCGACGAGCGCACCUUCAACACCGUCUACAUCCACAAGCAGCUCCAGAAUGAGUUCAUCCAGAACGGGAGCAAGAACUUCCGGUUUAUUCCCAUCGUGUUCCCCGGGGCCAAGAAGCAUCACGUCCCAAACUGGCUGCAGAACACGCACGUGUACGAGUGGCCCUUCCACCGGGACGACAUCCUGCGGCGGCUGAUGAGGGUGGAGAAGUACAACCCCCCCCCCAUCGGGGAGCUGCCCACCAUCGUCUCAAUCCCCAUAUAGAGACGAAACAAACGCACCCCGAGUGUGAAGGGGGGGGGGGGGGGGGAUGGGUUGCUUGAAGAAUGAAUGUGACGUUUGUCUCAGUGAACAUGUGAUCGGUCUUUUUGGAUCCAUCUAUCGUCUGUAGGGGGAUGCGGUUCCAUGUGAUAGUCAGACCCCUCAGUCCUGCUGUGAGUAGUAUGUUUACAAGGUAUAGUUUGGCCUGCAGGUAGGGCUCCUGUUGGAAAGUCCCAUCAAGCUUCUGUGUGUGUGUGUGUGUGUGUGUGUGUCACAGCACAAGUUGGAAUUUGUUGGGCUGAAGAAUCUCGAGAUCACAUUCCAUUUAGAUUCCUGUGAUAUUUUUGUCUUUUAAAUCCACUUUGGAGUGGGCAGCAGAUACUGGGAGAUGAGUUAUUUUAAACGUGGUGAAGUUGAAGCGGAUAAUACACGAUAUGCUCUUCAUCUAUUAAAGUUCUUCUCGUGUCCCUCAUGAGGAACACGUGGGGGCCGGAUCUCCUGCUUUUAGCAGCGUUUCAGCUGGUUAGCCCGACUGAGCUAACGGCUCGUAGCCAGCUAGCUAUGCAGACGUGUGAUUGUCUCCAGAUGCAUGUUCAUUGCCUAUUGAAACAAAAUAUAUUCAGUUAAACUAAUGUAGUUGUUAUUUUGAGGUGAACUGUCUCUUUAAGGGUUCUGCGUGUUGCUGCAUAAACUAUAAUAAUUAACAAUUAAAGAACGUACGAUUCGCAUUGUUGGUUUAGGAUACACUGUUAAAUUAAAUAUCGGUCCAACCUGUAAAAAUACAGAGUAAAAAGACAUCAAACUGGGCGCAGUUAUCGUAGUAAAGAACCAACAAGCCUUAUUUCAUUUGUUUUUGUGAUAUUAACAGAGGCAGAAUCAGCCUUCCUUUUACCAUAGAAUGUAUUUUUACUCAUAAAAAGGUGUUUUACA